GCGGGCUGCGGGCUCCAGUGACGCCGCUCCGCCCCUAGGAGGUCGCCUGCCGGCCAGCGGAGCCCGAGCGGCAGCCCGCGGAGUCCGGUCCGAGGCCCAGCCUCCCGAGCCGGCCGGCGCAUGGGGCCAUGGCGGGGCGCCCGGGGCACGCGGAGCCCCCGGGCGGGCCCCGGCCCCGGCUCGUCAUCAUCAACGUGGGCGGCUGCCGCGUGCGCCUGGCCUGGGCGGCGCUGGCGCGCUGUCCCCUCGCGCGCCUGGAGCGCCUGCGCGCCUGCCGCGGCCGCGAGGAGCUGCUGCGCGUGUGCGACGACUACGACGCCGGCCGCGACGAGUUCUUCUUCGACCGCAGCCCGAGCGCCUUCCGCGCCAUCGUGGCGCUGCUGCGGGCCGGCAAGCUGCGGCUGCUCCGCGGCCCGUGCGCACUGGCCUUCCGCGACGAGCUGGCCUACUGGGGCAUCGACGAGGCGCGCCUGGAGCGCUGCUGCCUGCGCCGCCUGCACCGCCGCGAGGAGGAGGCGGCCGCCGGGCGCGCGGGGCCGGAGGGCCGCGGGCCACAGGGGAGCCCGGCGUGCGCCCUGGGGCCCGGGGACCGCCUGGCGCGCGGCCGGCACCGCCUGCACGACGUGGUGGACAACCCGCGCUCCGGGCUCGCCGGCAGGCUGUUCGCCUGCGUGUCCGUCGGCUUCGUGGCCAUCACGGCGGUCGGCCUCUGCCUGAGCACCAUGCCGGACAUCCGCGCGGAGGAGGAGCGGGGCGAGUGUUCCCCCAAGUGCCGCAACCUCUUCGUGCUGGAGACGGUGUGCGUGGCCUGGUUCUCCUUCGAGUUCCUGCUGCGCUCGCUGCAGGCCGAGAGCAAGUGCGCCUUCCUGCGGACGCCGCUCAACAUCCUGGACCUCCUGGCGCUGCUGCCCUUCUACGUGUCGCUGCUCGUGAGCCUGGCGGCGGGCGGCGCGGGCGGCAACCAGCUGCUGGAGCGCGCGGGGCUGGUGCUGCGGCUGCUGCGCGCGCUGCGCGUGCUCUACGUGAUGCGCCUGGCGCGCCACUCGCUGGGGCUGCGCUCGCUCGGCCUCACCGUGCGCCGCUGCGCGCGCGAGUUCGGGCUCCUGCUGCUCUUCCUCUGCGUGGCCAUGGCCCUUUUCGCGCCGCUCGUGCACCUCGCCGAGCGCGAGCUGGGCGCGCGCCGCGACUUCUCUAGCGUGCCAGCCAGCUACUGGUGGGCCGUCAUCUCCAUGACCACCGUGGGCUACGGCGACAUGGUGCCGCGCAGCCUGCCCGGGCAGGUGGUGGCGCUCAGCAGCAUCCUCAGCGGCAUCCUGCUCAUGGCCCUCCCCGUCACCUCCAUCUUCCACACCUUCUCGCGCUCCUACUCGGAGCUCAAGGACCAGCAGCGCGCCGCCAGCCCCGCGCCGACCCUGCGCGAGGACAGCACGCGCUCCGCCACGGCCACCGAGGACAGCUCGCAGGGGCCCGACGGCGCGCCUGCCGACUCCGUGGACGGGCUGAUGGCGCGCGGGGCCGCCUGACUCGGGAGCUUCGGGAAAGAACCGCAGCCCUCCCCUCCCCUCCCCUGCCCAGAGGGGGCGGGUCCGACUUUGUGGCUCGCGUGCACGGGCUCCACCGCACAGCCCAGGAAGCGGCCACCCAGCCAGACUCACAGGCGGGGUCAAGCACCAUCCUGCGCUGGGUGAAGCCCAUCCCAGAACCACCAGCCUGUCCUCCAUGCUUUGUAUGCCCUUUGGAGUGUUGAGUCUCUAGCUAAAAAUAAAUUCAAGAAGUCCAGAAAUUACGAGCCCAGUAGCAAAUGCCAGAAGGCCACACUUGUCCCCAGGCCUCUGCCACCCUUCCCUGCUCUUCAGCCAGGUGGGUCCCUGGAACAGCAGUGCGGAUGGGGACAGACCCUUCCCACUCCUGCCACAUCCCCCCUUGGGCCAGGAGAUGGGCCUUCCCUGCACACCCAGCUCUGCGGAAACCCACUUCCCUGCCAAGGGACAGGGACAGAGGUGUGACAAGGAUGCUCACAGCCCCAGAUCCUUUGAGGGGCCCUAGCCCUGACCCGCCCUUCCCUGGCACUAGCUCUGCAGAAUCCUUAGUGGACACCCGCUCACCCAGUCUCCUCUGAACACGCCUCUGCAAAGCACAGGUCUGAUGUGAGCCUGUCCGUUCCCGCUGGCCUGUGGACCACAUCCUCACCCUCUAGGAUUCCUCCCCUCCCUCUGGGCACACACCUGGCUCUUCAGGCCUGGGGUGGAGGCCAGGGCAGGGCCCGUGGGCAGGCACCUGCUACUGAAGCCUCGCCCUGCCUGCGGAUCUCUGCUGGAUACCGAGGAACUGCCAUUCUGGGCCGUGCUUUAUGCUCUCUCAUCUUAGCCGAGAUGUCGCAGCCACAAGCCCUCAGGAGGUGCCCUGCAGCCAGAUGCCACCUGAUGCUGGUACCCACCCCGUCACCAUCCAUCUUAGCUUU